UGUGGCACACCUCCUUCAAUAACUACCGAGAAGAAGCAAAUUUUCUGGGCGCAGAAGAAGAAGAGCGCAUGCGAGCAGAGCUCAAAUCGAAGCUGCCAAAUUCUAUUCUCUGGAUUCAAUCCACUUCCGCGCCCUCAGGCCGAACCGAGUCCGAUCCUCAGCUGAUUCGAUUCCGAGUCCUUUGCUCGAAUUCGUCGCUGCGUCGAUCGGCGUUCAUGGAAGCCCCAUUGCUCGAUCGCUGAAGCGCAGUCGUCCGCCGCUAAUCGGUGUGCCCGCCAAUGGCUUCCUGGCUCAAAGCGGCCGAAGAUUUGUUUGAAGUUGUUGAUCGAAGGGCAAAGCUGGUCGUUAAUGAUUUGGCAGAAGAGCAGAAGAGUUCGCCAGCUUCUAAUGGGCAAGGAUCUCAAGCCAAGAGGACAAAGCAGCAGAAGAAGGUUGUUAAACGUCCUUCUACAACUGAAUCUCCCAGAGAAAUUGAUACUGCAGAGGAGCAUGUUAAUGUCCGGGCUCCACAGAUAGAUGCCAAACCUGACGGAGACACCUCUUCUGGUUCAGUUGAAAAUGAGGGGAGCCAUUUGCAUAAGUCGAUAUCUUUAGACAAUGAACAUUUGACUGACCUAAGCAAAGAAAAACCUGUUGAAGGCAAUGCAACGCCUCCAGAGAAGCAGGCAAACAACAUGAUCAACCAUGAUCUGCAUACUGAUGAAGUUCCAGCAGCUGAACCAAUUGCUGAGACUCCUGUGUCAAGUCUAAGCAGUGAUCUUGUCAAUGAAAAUGCUAAAGAUGCCCGUGACGAGAGUUCUGCCUCACCCCUGCCUACUAAAGUCGUUGAGGUUGCCGAUGAAGAUCGCUCGGUUGAUGCAUGCAAAAAUAUUGAAGUAGAAGUUGCAAUUGCUCCUACAAAAGUUGAACAGGAAAGAUCUCAAUCUGCAGCCAACGAAGUUCCCAGUAGAAAUGGAGGUGAAAUGAAACACACUGAUCAAAUUGUCGGAUCUUCACCCAAGGGAGAGAAGGACUCAGAGCAUAAAGAGCAAGCUUCAACGAAAUUGCAGGAGCAGCUUGAUGAGGCUCAUGGUCUUCUCAAAACUGCAACUUCCACUGGUCAGUCUAAAGAGGCCAGGUUAGCUAGGGUUUGUACUGGACUUCAAUCCCGUCUUCAGGAAUACAAAUUGGAAAACCAACAGCUCGAGGAACUUCUUACUUCAGAGAGAGAACUCAGCAAAUCGUACGAGGCUCACAUAAAGCAGCUCCAGCAAGAUCUAUCAGCAGCUAAAAAUGAAGCCACAAGAGUAGAGUCAAGUUUGGCUGAAGCCCUCACAGCAAAAAACUCUGAAAUCGAAGCACUUCUCAAAUCCGUAGAUUCCCUGAAGACACAACUUGCUCUAUCUGAAGGAAAUUUGGCUUCACUGCAGGUGAAUAUGGAAUCUAUUAUGAGAAAUCGAGAAUUGACUGAGACGAGGAUGAUGCAAGCCAUCCGUGAGGAGCUGGCUUCUGCAGAAAGGAGGGCAGAAGAAGAGCAUGCAGCACAUAAUGCUAGCAAAAAGGCUGCCCGGGAAAGGGAAGUAGAAUUAGAACACAGAGCUGUCGAGGCCUCCACAGCACUUGCGAGAAUUCAGCGGACCAUAGAUGAGAGGACUGCAAGGAUAGCUGAGCUUGAGCAGCAAAAGGCGCUUCUGGAGGUUGAAAAUUCAUCCUUAAAUCAAGAAUUGCACGAUAUGGAAGCACGUGUUCGACGUGAACAAAAGAAGUCUCCAGAAGAGACAAAUAAACUGAUUCAGGUACAAAUGCGUGGCAGGAAGAAGUUGCAUCUGCUCGUCAAGGCCAGAGAGAUGCGGAGAACAAGGUUUCCACUAUGGAGGCAGGCUGAAUUGCAAAAGAUGAAGGUUGAAUUGGCUGCCAUGAGGAGGGAUGCUGAGCACUAUUCUCGUCAGGAGCAUACAGAGCUUGAGAAGCGGUAUCGUGAGCUCACUGAUCUAUUGUACUACAAGCAAACACAACUUGAAGCCAUGGCUAGUGAAAAGGCUGCGGCAGAAUUUCAAUUGGAAAAGGAACUGACACGUACUCAAGAAGCACAGGCAGAGGCAGAAAGAAAUAGGGUCUCACGCAGAGCUUCAUCGUCCUGGGAAGAGGACUCUGAAAUGAAGGCUCUUGAGCCUCUCCCCUUGCAUCACCGUCAUAUGGUUGGGGCAAGCGUACAAUUGCAAAAGGCAGCUAAAUUGUUAGAUUCCGGCGCUGCAAGGGCAACUAGAUUUCUUUGGAGAUAUCCAACAGCCCGUUUGCUCCUACUUUUUUACCUGGUAUUUGUACAUCUUUUCUUGAUGUAUCUUCUGCAUCACCUUCAGGAACAAGCAGACAAAUUUUCUGCCAGUGAAGUCGCAGAGUCUAUGGGACUUGCUAACCCUAUGUUACCGUGAUUGUCGGGACUUGUCAGUGCAAAAGCUCAUGUGGGGAAAGGUCCUCAAGCUCGAUCUAUCUUCUUUAUCCUUUACAUACUUAGAGUGGCUUGAAAGAAGGUUUGGACAGUAAGUGUCCACCCAGACUCCAGAACGAGUCAGGUGAUCGAGAAGCCUUGUUGGAGGACAAGCCCUUCACACUCUAACUUAAUCAUUGGUCCAGCAUUCUUUGAAGUCAGUCAUAUUCCUUGAAAUGCAAAUAUCGUUUUUUCGAUCGCUCCACCAGAAAUGAAGUAUUUUCAUUGUCUGAACUGAACAGGGCCAGGUCUCUAAUUCCAGUCAUCUAAGUUUUUUAUUUUUUACUGACCCCUUAUUUUACUUUGAACUUACUGGUGGGUCGUGAUUCAUCUUUGUUUUAUCUGCACUAUGUGACUUGACAGUGAUAUAGUGUGUACAUAUAAGGUGGUAGAAAAAUUUUCUUCAGGAAGUAAAUGAACACGAUUGUGGAAUGGGAUGCGAACCUUAGAUUG